AUGCCACCACCAUUAAAAUCAGACGAAGUUAAAGAAGAAGAGGAAAUAAACGACGACGACGACGAUAAUUCUUCCGUCUUUCUCUCUUUAAACCCAAUCACGAACAGUUCUGGUUCCGCGUUCAUUCAGCUCGGCGAUGGACGAACGACGACGAAGAUUUUCGUCUCCGUGUUCGGUCCAAAAAAGACCACGUCGAGAGCGCAAGACGAACGCGUGUCGAAGUUACGAGGCACUCUGGACGUCUCCGUGACUCUGGCCUCGUUUGCGUUUAAGUCGCUCGAGUCGUCUUCUCGUAAUAUAAAAGAUGUCGAGAUGGAUUUGACGGAAAAGUUGACGAAAUGCUUAAGAGGGGUAGUUGUCCUCGAAUCCUUCCCGAAAGCGGUGGUGGAGGUGAGAUGCGCGAUAGCGGACGCAAACGGGGACGAGUUAAGAGGGUUAGUUUUAGCGACCAGUUCAGCGUUGAUGCACGCGAGGGUGGAAGUGAGGGAUAUUUUGUGCGCGUGCACGGCAGUUAUCGAAGAGGACGGGGAGGUUCGGUUAGUUGAAGAUUAUACUAAUACGAACGACGCGAAGAGUAAGAGUAGUAAGAAUAGCGGUGGUAGGAAGAAGACGUCGUCGGCGAGGAAAGCGGUGGGGGCGGUGACGGUGGCGUACAUGCCGAGGGUGAAGAAAGUGACCAAUAUUUUAUCGGUUGGGAGGUGGGGAAACGCGAACAAUUUGAAGAAAGCGGAGGAGUUGGCCAUGCAAGGUUGCGAAGAGGUUGCGGAAGUCAUCAAGGCUGCGUUUUAA